UCACACCACCAGAUUCGACUCAAUGCUAAUUAUAUUCAACAACUAACUCUUAUUGUCUGACACCUAAUCCCUCCAUCGUCAUCAGGCUGAUCAGUCCCCACCAUUGGGUGAUUAUUAGCACGUGUCUGGGGUAGUUGUGACAUUGUUUGUUUACUCUACUCUAUCUCUCUCCAUCCCACCAACCCCUCCCCGAUAAUUGCUAUUGCCCCCCACCAUGGCGUUUCGCAGUACUGCGGAGGAAAUGGAGAGGCUCCAGCUCUCCGAUGAAGACACAGAGGACCUCUGGGACUCACCUUCAAAACGUGGAGCCAAGAAACAGAAUCGGACUCCCCCGGUCGAAGAAAGCACCACCCCCCCGCCCAAGACCUCCCGCGACUCGGGGACUCUUUUUGACCGUCAAGAAGCGCGCGAGGCCGCGCUCCAGAACGAGUUGCGGAGUGUUCGCCAUAUCAAUGAAGUCAUUGAGGGCCUUCUGGGCAGCUUGGAUUGCGCCAAGGGUAACAUGGAUACUGUUUCGCGUACCGUCGACUCUGCGUCGACAUUACUCAAUACAUGGACCCGCAUUCUAUCACAAACCGAACAUAAUCAACGACUUAUCCUCAACCCGAAUUGGCAAGGCGCCGUCCAAGAUGCAGCCGACAUGGAGAGCGAGGAACUGGUUCGGCAGCAGGCCGCCGAAAGACGUGAACGAGAACUCCAACAACAAAGGGAAGCCGUGGCCCGCAGAGCGCAGGAAGAAGAAAGGAGACGGGCGCAAGGGUCGACUGCCCGUGGGACGCGUGGCACUACCCGGGGGAGGGUCCCAAGCACCUUGGGACGAACCCCAAGCGUGUCUUACAAAGCUCCCGGCGCAUCAAGAACCACAACGUCGUCGACAACCCGAGGUAGUACGACGACGACACGACGACCUGUCAGUGGUAUUGCCCGGGGAUCUGGGGUUACGCGUGGUCGGGGCAGAGACUCACCGUUCCGCCUCCGCCUGCGACUUAAGCCUCCGCGCCAACUCCGCGUCAAAUGCUGCAUAUUCGCUCUUCGUGCCACUUCCACUACGCGCAAUGAACUUCGCCCCCUACCAGGACGAGUCGCCCGAGGUCGAGCGGGCGUUCUCGCCAACGCUGCCGGGCGCCAAGUCCCCCCCAACGUCCGCUCGCCUCGCGGAUCACCCCCGGUCCCCGGUGUCGCAUCGCCGGGCCACUUUGCGCCCCCGGGUCCCAUCGCGACCAGCGGACUCGGAAACACGGGAUUUGGGAACGACGUGGAGAGUGGGCGAUGGAAUAUGGGGGCUUUUGAGACGAGUCUGCCUAUCCGGAUGGAUUAUGAAGCUAUGCUGGCAUAUUUGCUUCUGCCUCCGGCGGGUGGGGUGUUUCUUUUGCUGGUUGAGCAUAAGAGUGAUUACGUGCGCUUCCACGCAUGGCAGUCGAGUAUGCUCUUUACGGCCAUCUUUAUAAUCCACCUGCUUUUCUCAUGGUCGAGUUUCUUUUCCUGGCUCUUCUUCUUGUGCGAUCUCGUCCUGAUCGGCUUUUUGAGCAUGCGCGCAUACCGUGACGUUGAUACGCUCGAGCACUUCGAGGUCCCGAUUUUCGGCCGUCUAGCGAACAAUUUUGUCGACGAUGAGUAGUCUGAGACACUUCGAUUUGAACCGCGUUGGAGAUGUUGUCUUUGUGUGAUAGCUGUGUACUACCAACAGUCUUUGCAGCCUUAUGCUGCUCUUCUGGGUUUAUACCUAAGGGAUUGAUGAUACCUUUGUACAGUGAUGGCUUUGUGUAUGCUUUGGGAUAUUUCCGUUUUCCCCCUCCCUUGUACCUGACUGGGAGGUCUUCGAUUGUCAUUUUUAUUUCUAAGCCAAUGUACCUAUGCGCCUGUUUUUGAUUUCGGCCUGUGAU